UAUUUUACUGUUUUUACUUUUUAGUAGUUAGUACUUAGUAGGUAUAAAAUUAUAAAUCAAAAUAUUAUAUUCCUUGAGUAAAAUAAACAAGAUGAUAGAAAUGCAUCUUGAAGUUUUUGUAUAUUGUGAAUUUAAAUGUGAAACUGUAUUGUGAAACUUCAACUGAAAAUAUUUUAAAGUAAACAAUGAUUAACCAAGAGUGGGGUUUUUGUGAUCUUUCUGUGAGUAAGGACUAUGACCUAAAAAAAUUGAAGAUUUUAUCAGGUCUCGGAUACAAUACUAUUGCUAUUGACACUCGUGUAGAAGAAGUUGUUGAGGAACCCAAGAAAAAAAAGAAAAAAGGUGAUACUAAGGAAGUAAUUGAUUACAUACCACCUCCGAUUGAAAUUCCUACUGAACUGAUAAACAACAAGUUACAAAUAUUACGAAGAGUCACAGUGGAGUUUUCUGAUUCGAGUAUAACUGUAAAGCUUAAUAAGUCUGAAAAUUUGAAAAAAUAUGACAUACUUGCUGUUAUUCCAAAAACUUUACAGGCUUUUCACUAUGCAUGUGGGACUCUAGAUGCCGAUAUUAUUACAUUUGAGCCAGAAUCGAAAAUACCAUUUAAAGUAUCUCGUAAACUUUACAGACUUGCUGUUGAACGUGGUGUUUACUUCGAAUUAAUGUACUCUCCAGCAAUUAAAGACACAACAUCUAGGAAAAACAUAAUAAGCACCGCACACAACUAUCAUGCUGUAGGAAAGUCUAAGAAUAUAAUUAUAACAAGUUGGGCUGAGAAUCAUUUACAAGUUAGAGGUGUUCACGAUGUUGUUAACCUGGGCUUCAUCUUUGGUCUCAACAGCAAUAGUGGAUUAGAAGCUAUUAGAAAUAACCCUAGAAAGUUAAUUCUUAAAAGUAUAGGAAGAAGAUGUGGGAAACAUUAUAUGGAUGUUACUUCGGUAGAUAUUUCAGAAAAUAAAGAACUACAAAAUUAAUUAUGACUUGUUUAUUUCCAAUAAAUGAUCAAUAUACUU